AUGGCACCGAAGAAAAAGAAUAACAAGGCGAAACAACCCAUUCAGAAAGAGGACGAUUUUGAUUUAGACGCAUUUUUGGAGCAGGAGGCAACUGCGAGUAAGGAAACGGCCGAGCCAGUAGAGGAAAAGCAGGGAGAAUCAAACAAGAAUGUGGAGGAUACCCCUGCUGCACCAUCGCAAAAUCUGGAUGACGCGGCAGCAGCUUUCCUCAGUAGCUUAGCGCCUCAAUCGUCUGGAGGUAAGAAAAAGAACAAGAAGAAGCCUGCAAAAGCUGCCACUCCUGCAGCAACUGCUAAUGCAACUGCAGCAACUGCAGCAACUGCUGAGGAAGAGGUGGCGGUGGUAGCUGCGGAAGGAGAUGGCGAGAAACCGGAAGGAGCCAAUGCAGCUUCCACUGAAGGCGGAAAGAAAGGAAAGAAAGGAAAGAAGGAUAAGAAGGCUCCUGCAGAGCCCAAGCUGUCUGCUAUGGCAAGAAAGAUUCUUGAAGAAAAGGAACGUCGUGAGAAGGAGGAAAGAGAACGUCUACAGCGCGAAGAGGAAGAGCGUCUGAAGCGUGAGGAGGAGGAACGUUUAAUUCGUGAGAAGGAGGAAGAGGAGGCUCGUAUCAAAAGGGAGAGGAAGGAGAGGAAGAAGAAGAGGAUUGAAGAAGCGAAGAAAAACGGUACCUAUCUUACCAGUAGUCAGAAAAAGAAACUGAUCAAUGCCCGUUAUCGUAUGGGCUUAACCCAGCAGAUUGCCCAACAAAACUUAAGGAAUGCAGCGGAGGCCCGAGCAGAGGCAGAAGCGGAGGCCCGAGCGGAGGCAGAAGCGGAGGCCCGUGCAGAGGCAGAGGAAGUGAAGAAGGAAGAGGAGGAGGUGGAGCAGAAAGAAGAAAAAGAUACGAAUGCUGUUUUGGAUGAUUGGGAAGAUGAAUCUGUUUCUGAACCAGAACCGGAAAAGAAGGAAGACGACGUUCUUGAUGACUGGGAAAAUGAUCCUUCUCUUGAUCUGGAAUCAGAGCCGAAACCGGAGCAGGAGCCAGAACCGAAGCCAGAACCGAAGCCAGAACCAAAGUCGGAACCAAAGUCGGAACCGAAGCCAGAACCAAAGUCAGAACCAAAGCCAGAACCGAAAGGAAAAGGAAAAGGAAAAGCGAAACCGGAGCCAAAGCCGGAACCGAAACCGAAACCGAAGACGAAAGACGAGUCCUUGAAGGAACUGCGAUCACCGAUUUGUGUGAUUAUGGGUCACGUCGAUACUGGUAAAACCUCGUUACUCGACAAAAUUCGACGCACCUCCGUUCAGAAGAAUGAGGCCGGAGGUAUCACGCAACAAAUUGGUGCUACCUACUUCCCGAUAAGUAACAUCAAGCAAGCUACCGAGAAAUUGACCAAGGAGCUCGAGCUGCAGUAUAAAGUUCCUGGUCUGCUGGUGAUUGAUACACCUGGACAUGAGUCAUUCAGUAACCUCCGUUCUCGUGGUAGCAACUUGUGCGACAUUGCCAUUUUGGUGGUGGACAUCAUGCAUCUUCUGGAGCCCCAGACGAUCGAGUCCCUCAACAUGCUGCGAUCUCGCCGUUGCCCCUUUAUUGUUGCCCUGAACAAGGUGGAUCGUUUGUAUGACUGGAAGGGACAUCCCUAUGCCACAUUCCGCUCCUCUCUGAAGCAGCAGCCCAGUCACACCCAAGAAGAGUUCGAAACGCGAUUGGAGCAAACGAAAAUUGCGUUCAUGAACCAGGGCCUGAAUGCUGCUCUGUACUAUGAGAAUGAUAACCCAAAGAACGUGAUCUCGCUUGUUCCCACUUCUGCUAUUACGGGAGAGGGAAUUCCUGAUCUGCUGGGUCUGUUAAUCAAGUACUCGCAAGAUUACAUGCCGAAACGUCUGACACUCACGGAGGAAGUGAAGGCAACGGUGUUGGAAAAGAAGGUUAUGGAGGGUCUGGGCACGACGUUGGAUGUGAUUUUGGUGAACGGUCGACUUCGUGUGGGAGACACGAUCGUGCUGUGCGGUAUGAAUGGCCCCGUCGUCACUACCAUUCGUGCGCUGCUCACCCCCCACCCAAUGCGUGAGCUGCGAAUCAACACUCGAUACGAAGAGCAUGAUGAGAUCCGUGCAGCGAUGGGUCUGAAGGUGGCUGCGCAGAAUCUGGAUGAUGCCGUCGCGGGUACUUCCCUCAUGGUAUGUCGCAACAACGACGAGCUCCCGAUGCUCCAGGAGCAGGUACAGGAAGAGCUGGAGAGCGCGCGUCGCUUGCUGAAGGUGGACGGAGAGGGCGUGUUCGUGCAGGCGUCCACGCUGGGCUCUCUGGAAGCUCUGCUGGAGUUCCUGAGCUCGCUCGACCCGCCCAUCCCUGUGGGAGCGUUCAAUAUCGGUCCGAUCUCGAAGCGAGAUGUGAUUCAGGCGUCGGUGAUGCUAGAGAAAAAGCGGGAGUAUGCAGUGAUCCUGGCGUUCGAUGUGAAAGUGACGCCCAACGGAGCGCAGAUGGCGAAGGAGCUAGGUGUGCGUAUUUUCUCUGCGGACAUCAUCUACCAUCUGUUCGAUCAGUUCACCAACUACAUCAAGGAGUUGCGCGACAAGGACACCGAGGUCAAGCGCAAGGAAGCGAUCUUCCCGUGCAUCAUCCGUAUCAUCCCGCAGUACAUCUUCAACCGUUCGAAUCCGAUUGUGGUGGGAGUGGACGUAUUGGAGGGUAUUCUCCGUCCAGGCACGCCGCUCUGUGUCGUGCAGAAGAAGACAAAGGAGGUAGUGCGCAAUCGGAAAACGACGCUGGAAGACUGGAUUCCGGAUAGUGAUGAGGACGAUAACUUGAACUUCCAGGAUAGCAAGAAGAGCAAGAAGCUGGGUCAAGAGGUGGAGGUCGUGGAGACAGUUACGUAUGUGGAUAUCGGCGUGGUGCAGAGCAUCAAGGCGGAUGACAAGGAGGUGCCGGAAGCGAGACCAGGAAAGGCUGUGUCGAUUAGUAUCCUGCCGAAGGAAGGAUCCAAGCCUGCACUGCUGGGAAGAACCUUCCUGGAGUCAGAUGAUUUGAUCUCUCACCUCUCGCGAAGAAGCAUCGACGCGCUGAAGGAGUUCUUCAAGAAUAAUCUGAGCGAUGAUGACUGGAGACUGGUCAUUAAGCUGAAAGGAAUUCUGAACAUUAUUUGA